AUGUUCGAAAGCGGCCCUAUUACUCCAGGAUCAGUCCAAGUGUACAGUAGGAAGGUGGAGUACUUGUACUCAUUGGUGCUUCAUGCAUUGGAAUUCCUCUCACAAAAGAAGCAGGAUCAGCAGGAAAAUGGCUCAGUCCAUGGUUACGAAAAUGACCACAGCACGAUAUCCAAUGAAGAAGAUGAUGUGUUUAUAGGGUUAGAUGAUGUCGCAGUGGAAGAAAGGAUCUCUCUGGAUAACAAUGUCGAUCGAGAUGAUUUACAAAGAAAAAAUGUGAGGCCACCAGCAAAUCUGCUGACGUUCGAAGGAGAUUGUUUGGAUAGCGAAGCGAGUGAGCUAGACUCGUAUUUGUUGGCAACAUGUGAUUUUUACGGAGAUUUCCUUCUGCUGGAUCCAUGUGAUGCGCCAGCUGUUUUUGACUUUCUGCAAGGAAAAUGUUCUGGUAGAGAAAAUAAUAUGGCUCAUCAAGGCAGCUCAGCGCCUUCUAAAAACCGACCUAGUAUGUUCACUCCCCCAAAUGGAAGAUCAGGGAACACAGGUCGUAAAUCGGCCCCUGGAAAAGUCCAAGAAGAUCGAGAAGAUCCAACUCAGGCGAGUCCUGGCCAAUCAAAUGCAAAUAAAACUGAAGACAAUACCAAUGCAGGUGGCUACGGAUUCUCUGAUCCUGUUGACCAUGGCUUCCCUGGUGAUUACAUACCACCUGACUCAGAUGAUUUAGAGGAUCCUGUUGAUCCUGUUGGGGAGGAUUCUGAUGAUGAGGAUCCAUGGAAGCCUUUGAACCCCCAUGAACUUGGCAACCUGAAGAUUAGACCUUACAGGAGAGUUAAAGGUUCUGCACGGCAGGUUAUCGGCACUAUGCAAAAGAAAACUCUCACAUCUUUAUUUCCUAUGGCAAAGAUGGAUGGUGUCAUUAUACCUGAACAUGCAAUGUCUUUUGAAGCACAACAAUCUCAGCAGGAGGAAAUUCAUCCUUCCCAAUCAACCCCUCCAUAUGAAAUGCUUAUGAGGUCAUUUGAAUAUGGAGAGCAAGGAAGUCCUGAUGUGUUUGGAGAUUCAAACAAUGACCCUGGACCCGAUAUUGGUGUUGGUUUUGAUGAUCCCGAUGACUCAGAUAGUCCAAUAUGCGGCGACCUUGGUGUUGCUAUUGAGAGUCCAACAUGUCCUUCAGAGAGAAAGGAAGAACCUCCUAACGGGACUCAAGUUUCACAGGAGAAAAUGGAUACACAUGAAAGCCUAGACGAUUUGUGUCGGUCUCAUCUGCCAAGUUUCUGUGACGAAGCAUCUGAAAGAAUUGGUUAUGAUUAG